ACAUGUACAAGGUUGAUGUACCGGUGAAUGACCGCGAACUGAAGGCGGUGGAGCGCCGACGGUCCGCCGAAGUUGAGCGCAGGUCCCGCAUAUUCAAUCCCAGAGUUCGGGUGAUCGGUGUCGACCUGCCCUCAUUAAACAGGCAAGUGCAGGAGAAACGAGAACGACUGGAGAUGGAGAAACAACGGGACAUGGCUCAUGAUCUGUUGCGCUUAUCGCUUGAUGAAAUGGCAAUGCAGCAGAAAAACGAUGAGGAGCAACUGCGCAGGGAGUUGAAUCGGGACUUGGUACAAUAUCGUGCAAUAUAUCAAAGACCAGAGGAGAGUCGUGAUGCAGAUAUUAAUUAUAACCGAGAGGGGGCGCCAGAUGUUAACAUUUCUGCACUGGGACCCUCCAGUAUGCAAGUGUUUCAGGGAGAGGGAAUAAAUGAGAAGGAAAAAAUGAGAGCUCAAAUGGAGAUGAACGAGAGAAACAUAAGAGCCCAAAUGGAGGAAAAAGAAAAACAAGAAAGGAUGCACAAAAAUAAAGAGAUGUUAACCGGCAGGGAGCUGGUGGAAAAUGACCUGAAGGCAAUGCAGCUGGAUGCCCUGAAGGAAGAGUGCAGAAGAGCUGAACGCAUUGCUCUCAGCCACUACAACCAAAUUCAGGCAGAGGAGAGAAAUGAGAGGAAGCGACAAGAGAAGCUGAGGAGAGAGGGAGAGGAGCUGGCGGAGAUACAGUACAUGGUGACCUCUGACCUUCUGACGGAGCGACCAGAUGCUGCAAAGAGAAUGACAGAGGGUUCACAAGUCCACCCCGACCGUUGGAAGGGCAUGACCCCGCGGCAACUCGGCAAUAUCCACAAAGAAAGAGAGAGACAGUGUUUCGAGAAAGAGAGAUGGAGAGAGACAGAGAGGCAACGGGAGCUGGCCUGGGAUUACCAUCUGAUGGAGCAGUCCAGACAGCAGGAGAGAGAAGAGAAGAGAGGAAGGGAACUGGAGAGGGAAAGGAAAAUUCAGCUGGAGAAAUACAAUCGACAGCUGGCUAGAGAACAACAAGCACACCAACAGUACCUGGACAAGCACCUUUACACAAACCGUCCCGGUGUCGAGUACUUCACCAAGUUCAACAGGAGCACUCGCUGAACUCAAUCCAUCAUCCUGCACGUGAAGUAAAGAUGCUUUGGAUUUCAUUAACUGUACAUUCAUCACAUUCACAAAUAAAGAGAACCGGUUGCUUCAUA